AUGUUGUGUACAUAUUACACGGAGGCAGGUCAAUGUGCACAUGUCUUAGCUGUUAUUAUGAUUCUGGAGCAGUGGAAGAUUUCUGGUUUUGUUGAAAUUUCAUCAAUGCUGUCAUCAACUUCCCUACCCCAACAGUGGGAUAAGCCAAGCGGUGACAAGAUUCAACCAGAACCAGUGUCCCAGAUGAUCAUUUCCAACCCAUCAAACCUAAACAGAAAAAGAAAGCCAAUUGUGGCUUCUUUUGUUGACACACGGAAAACUGAAAUCGGUGAAAUGGAUAUGGAGAUCUUAAAAAAGUUUAAACAAGCUCCGGUUUCCUAUCUGGUAUCCACAGCAGCAGGACCAACUGUUGACACUCCAUUUGGUGCUCAUUACAUAGUAUCUCCUCUCAGCUAUCAUGUAAGCACAUUGAUUAUACCUAUUACAAAACCCCGUGCAGCAGAAAGCUGUGGAAGUAAUGUGUUCCCAAAAGCCCUUCAUACCUGCGGUGACCUUGAAUGCAUUCAAACCCUUACACAUGAAUGA